CAAACAAGUUCGAGGAAAAAAAGAGAGGAAAGAAAGAUGGGUUUGAAGUUCAAUACAGUUGCAGCUUUUCUGGUGUUAUGCAUUCUAAAUGCUAAUGCCCAGGUGUUUGAUAUAACAAAAUAUGGUGCAGGUGGUGGUGAUGCCACACAGGCAGUUCUAAAAGCUUGGACAGAGGCCUGUGCAUCUGCUACACCAAGCAAACUUGUGAUUCCAAAAGGGGAUUUCAGUGUAGCCCAGUUGAAAUUGGAUGGACCAUGUAAGGCACCUAUUGAGAUUCAGCUUCAAGGCACAUUGAAGGCUCCAGUGGAUAUGGGUCAUUUAGAGAAUACUGAUGGUUGGAUUAGCAUCAGUAAUGUUGAAGGUUUUACAAUGUCCGGUGGAGGAGUUAUCGAUGGCCAAGGAGCGGUUGCUUGGAAGAAAAAUGAUUGUGACAAGAACCCCAAAUGCAGCGGCCUUCCUAUGAACAUCAGGUUCAAUUUCAUCACAAAUGGGAUGAUUACGGAUGUGACCACAAAAGAUAGCAAGAACUUUCAUGUUAAUGUUUUGGGAUGCAAGAACAUUACUUUCCAGCAUUUCACUGUUUCUGCACCGGAAACUAGCAUCAACACUGAUGGAAUCCACAUUGGAAGAUCGGUGGGUGUCAACAUUAUUGAUACCGACAUUAAGACGGGUGAUGAUUGUGUAUCAAUUGGUGAUGGCAGCCAACAAGUAAGCAUCACAGGAGUGACCUGUGGACCUGGUCAUGGCAUCAGCAUUGGAAGUCUCGGAAGGUACCCCAAUGAGGAGCCUGUGAAAGGAAUCACUGUCAAGAACUGCACCAUCACUAAGACAAUGAACGGUGUGAGGAUCAAGACAUGGCCUGCUUCUCCACCUGGGACUGCAACUGACAUGCAUUUUGAAGACAUUACCAUGAAUGAUGUUGGCAACCCAAUCCUCAUUGAUCAAGGCUACUGCCCUUACAAUCAAUGCACUGCAAACGUACCAUCAAAGGUGAAGAUCAGCAAUGUUAGCUUCAAGAACAUCAGAGGAACUUCUUCAACUAAAGUGGUUUCAAAACUGGCUUGCAGUCCUGGGUUACAAUGCGACCAAGUUGUGGUGAGUGACAUUGAUCUCACAUACAGUGGACCUGAAGGUGCUGCAGAGUCUCAAUGUUCCAAUGUUAAGCCCCAGAUUACUGGCAAGCAGAACCCACCAGCCUGUGCUGCCCCUGCCACUGCCACUGCCACUGCUUAAUUUUCUUUGAGAUGCUGUAGAAUUUGCAUCCAAGAAGAAUAAGUUUGUUUUUGUCUCCUUAGAGAAUAAAUAGCCUGUAAGGAGAGCAUGUCUCAUGCCCCAUUUUGCUUUUUUUUCCCUACCCCCUUUCAUGCUUCUAAGCAUGAUUUUGCAGUGUCUAAUAACACUAUUGUAUUAGAGUCUGCAUGGUAAUAAGAAUUCAG